GCGGUAACGGGACUUGGGGCCGGUCGAUCUGGCGGUGCGCACCCGUUGUGGGCAGCAACCUACUUGCGUACAUGUAGGCAGGAAGCAGCUGAACAUGCUUUCAAAGGUAACGUUAGCUACAGUAGUAAUACCUGGUGAAUACGUACUACUAGCCAUUGCUUAUUGGCAAAACACUAAGUCGGCUGGGAGAGCCAUCGCUGUUCGACAAACAUCAAUGUCAUUUUGCACUCUCUGGCUCUCUGGCUCUCUGGCUCUCAUGGCGCGUAGGUGGCGUUCAGUGACAGGCUGCAUGUCUUGCACCCAAUGGACGUUGAAGACAGGUGAUGCUAUGAACGGAGAUCUUUUGUGAUGCGGUCUGACCAACAAGGCGUGUUGGCUGCUUGCCCUCCUCUCGGGCCUCCGCCGAUUGCUUCCGCUUUGACAGGCGGCAGUACUACCCAGGCGGCAGAGGGAGCAUGUCGUGCAGAUAGGCCCCUUGGUGGACUCGCUGUGCUAUCGCUGCUUGCAG